UUUGCAGGUUUCUCCUCUGAGUCCCUGUCUGAGAGGAUUAUGGACGCCCAGAGCAGCGUGUUGGUGACAGCAGAUGGUGUUUACAGAGGAGAGAAGCUGAUCAACCUGAAGCAGAUUGCAGACGAGGCUCUGGAGAAGUGCAGGGAAAAAGCGUCUUGCAGCGUCACCAAAUGCCUCGUCGUGAAGCAUCAUGCGCUGAGGACAAAAAGUGGAGCCGCAUGCAACAAACUGCAGACCCCCUGGGACGCCGAGUGCGACUUGUGGUGGGACGAGGCGAUGAAAGAAUCAUCUGAAGUGUGUGAACCCGAGUGGCUGGACGCCGAGGACCCGCUGUUCAUCCUCUACACCAGCGGCUCCACCGGCAAACCCAAGGGCGUUCUCCACACCGUUGCCGGGUACCUGCUCUACACGUCGCUGACCUUCAAAUAUGUUUUCGAUCAUCACCACGACGACGUGUACUGGUGCACGGCCGACAUCGGCUGGAUCACCGGUCACUCCUACAUCAGCUACGGACCCCUGGCAAACGGAGCCACAAGUGUUCUGUUCGAAGGAAUCCCCGUCCACCCUCACGUCGGUCGGUUCUGGGAGGUAAUCGAGAAGUACAAAGUGACCAAGUUCUACACAGCUCCCACGGCCAUCCGCCUGCUGAUGAAGUACGGGAAGGAGCCUCUGCAGAAGUACGACCUGUCCAGUCUGAGGAUUCUGGGUACGGUGGGCGAGCCGAUCAAUCCGGAGGCGUGGCAGUGGUACCAUGAGGCGGUCGGUCAGGGCCGGUGUCCUGUGGUCGACACUUUCUGGCAGACAGAGACCGGAGGUCACGUGUUGACUCCUCUACCUGCUGCUACACCACUGAAACCAGGAUCUGCUACCUUUCCUUUCUUCGGGGUGGAACCGACCAUCCUCAAUGAACACGGGGAGGAACUGGAAGGAGAAGCUGAGGGUUAUCUGGUCUUCAGGAGGCCCUGGCCUGGAAUAAUGCGCACAGUCUACAAAAACCACGAGCGCUUCGAGAACACCUACUUCAAGAAAUUCCCAGGCUUUUACGUGACCGGUGACGGCUGCAGGAGGGAUAAAGACGGCUAUUACUGGAUCACGGGGAGAAUAGACGACAUGCUCAACGUGUCAGGCCACCUGAUGAGCACAGCGGAGGUGGAGGCGGCUCUGACGGAGCACCCGGCUGUGGCCGAGGCCGCCGUGGUGAGCCGACCUCACAAAGUGAAGGGAGAGUGUCUCUACUGCUUUGUCACCCUCAAAGACUGCAGGGAGUUCAACCACAUGCUGGUGGAGGAGCUCAAGAGACAGGUGAGAGAGAAAAUCGGACCAAUCGCGACGCCAGACUUCAUCCAGAACGCCCCGGCGCUCCCGAAAACUCGUUCAGGGAAGAUCAUGAGGCGAAUCCUCCGGCAGGUGGCCCGGAACGAGAAGGACCUGGGCGACCUCUCCACCCUGGCCGACCCCAAGGUGGUGGAGGAGCUGUUCAGCCAGAGGUGUGAAGCUGCAGCCUGAAACAAACCAACAAACCUUCAUCUCUUUCAUCUGCUGUAACGACACAAUGAAGACAAUCACAAACCGCUGGUUCUGGAUCAGCGUCUCGGUGUUUGUGUGCACUAUUUUUGGGACUGAAUGACGUGGCUGGGAUCAGAAAAUUAUGAAGAUGUUUAUGUUUUAUGUGGAGAAGAAGGAAGCAGACGAUAAUGGAUAAUGUGUUGAUGCGGGGUUGUUGGUGGUUUGGGCCAAAUUUGUCACUGAACUGAACAGAAAUGUAAAUGCAGCAUGUAAUAUCUGAUCAGAUCUACUUAAUAUGCGGGCAUUUCUACAACAUCAUAGGCUGCAUGAAACAUCCAAACAUGCACAAUGUUGGAAGUGAUAAUUGUUAGAUUGAGAGUGGAGUCAAAGACUGGAAAUCCAAAGUUAGUAAUGAGUCACACACUCAUAGAGGUACUGAGGUUUCUGGUUUGUAGAAAGUUCUUCCACCGUAUCCUGAAGGGCUUGGUGAAGGUGACAGGAUCAUGUUGUCAGAGUGUCACAUGGAUGUUCGAUGGGUGACAUAGCUUGAGAGUUGUCUCGCGGGAAGUUAAAGCAAAAAAAGUAAACGUGAUGUUCAUGGGUUUAAGAGUUUCAUCUCGAUCUUGUUGGACUUUGACACUGAUGAUUGACGAAUGAAGUAACUGUGGUCUUCGUUCCGUUCACCACAUCUGCCACCUGCUCCAUAUAGCUAAAAGAGGAGACAAUCAGUGAAAAGAACCAUCCUCCAUCUUGCCAAUAUCAAAUAAACGUGGACCCUUGAGAAAAUUUUGACACGGUUUUGUCAAUAGAUCGAGGCCUUGGUGCGGCUGACGAAUAGGGAUAGACCGAUUAUCGUGGCCAAGAUUUGGCAUUUUUCUGAUUAUCAGCAUCGGCAUUUUUAUUGACCAAUAAUUGUUAAAAUAAAUGUGCUACUUUGGAUCUGAUGCAUCCUCCUCUUUCUGUCUGUGGUCUCAGAAAUGUUUCUCAAGCAGAGACUACAAAAACUGAACAAGGAACACGAGCCGUUGCCACAAACCGGGAAAUUAUCUGUUUUCACAGUGGCUAAGGCUACGCUAACGGCUAGCAGCUAAGUUAGAAGGCAGCCACAGAUUACCCUGAAACAGAGUCUGGAUAACAGUAAUUAAUAAUGCUUUCAGAUACUGUGAUGGAACAGUAAACAAUUAAGAAAAGGCCAGAUGAGCAGAUGUAACUGCAGGAGACAAACUAAUCAAUCUCAGUGGAUCCCAUAGAGUCCUAAUUUAUUCACUCCUUUUUCUGUUUUCCAUAUUCAGUUCUAAUCACAAUUAUUAAUGAAGAAGCCUCGUUAUGAAUGACAGGUUUCCUGCUGUCACAUGCUAUUAAAAAAUUACGUUUAAUGUAUAUCUGCUCCAGGUUAUCAGCCUUUCUUGCGUACCAAUAAUCGGCAUCGGUAUCUGCCCCCCCUCGAUGAUUCCUCAACGUUUGAGCAGAUUUAUAGUAUAUUCUCAGUCUAUACACACCAACAACUUCACCAGCAGUCUCAGUAGCCAAUCAGAAAUGGUUUUAACAGAUGGCCGAGCCAGAUGCGUUGAUCCUGAGCUCCGAUGGCGACAUUCUAUCUGCUGUCAUGUGGCAGAUUGUCUGUCUGAAACAACUUCUGGGAUGACAAACAGUGGUGUUGUGGACAACCAAUCCGCCAGCAUGCCUGUUUGCAUCAUCUGUACCGUUGUGUCAUUUGAAUAAAAAGCUGCAGUUUGAGGUGGUCACUGGUCAGAGAAGUGUCAAACUAUCUGAUCCUUGUUAAAGCCAAACCUGACGAUGAUGUGGAUGAACUCAGUGGAACAGCUUACACACUUUUUGUUCAAAAUUGUCCAUCUUUAUCUAAUCAUAAGCUGGUAAGAAAGACAUGCUGCCUUUAUGUUUUUGUUCAGUCAUAUUCUUGAUGCCUUUCAUGUCUCAUAUUGUUGAAGGAAGAAAUGAUGCUUCUAUUUUCAAAUCUUGAAAUAGAAAAACCUGCUUUGCACAGCUUGCUUUUCUCUAACGACCGAUGUAUAUUUCCAAUCUGUGAUUUAUUUCUAUGACCUGAGAAUAAAGUGUUUUAUCCGUC